AUGUUGUUCUAAUUGGUUAGCGUUCCCGUUUCCCAUAGAAACAAAAGCUGCUGUAAUAGUGUAGGAAACAGGAAGUUCGGGUUUCUCUUCCGGCUCAUACCGGAAGUAGGCGCAAAGCAUCCGCACAUGGAUGCCGCUAGAGAGCAUGCCUCUUGUCGUGGUUUGCGGGCUGCCGUCCAGCGGCAAGAGCAGGCGUACGGAGGAGCUACGUCGGGCGCUGGCCGGCGAGGGCCGCGCGGUGUAUGUGGUGGACGAUGCUUCGGUUCUGGGCGCGCAGGACUCGACUGUGUACGGCGACUCUGGGGCUGAGAAGGCGCUGCGUGCUGCGUUGCGGGCCGCGGUAGAGCGACGCCUGAGCCGGCAGGACGUGGUCAUCCUAGACUCCAUCAACUACAUCAAGGGGUUCCGCUACGAGCUAUACUGCCUCGCACGGGCCGUGCGCACGCCGCUCUGCUUGGUUUACUGCGUACGGCCGAGCUGGCCGAGCCGCGGGCUUCCGGUGGCUGGCGCCUCGGAGAACCCGGACCCGGCUGUCAGUGUGAGCUGGAGGCCGCGCGCCCAGACCGGCGAGCAGCCUCGGAUGGCCGGCGCUGUGGAGGAACAGCGCGCCUCCAGCCCCGUAGCAAAUGGGGGAGUCCCGGCUGCAGUCCCCAAGGAACCGGAUCCAGAGGAAAUCCUGCCAUCGAAUCCUCCAGCUGUAAUGACUCCGGAGUCCGAGAAAUCUGCAGAGCCCGCGUCCUGUGCCUUUCCUCCCGAACUUUUGGAGUCCUUAGCGCUGCGCUUUGAGGCUCCCGACUCUCGGAACCGCUGGGAUCGACCCUUGUUCACCGUGGUGGGUUUAGAAGAGCCAUUGCCCCUGGCAGAGAUC